AUGGUACAAGCUUCAUCGUCAAAUAAGAACUUAUGGGUAGCAGCCAGUGAUGGUGAUUAUGAGCGAGUCCAAUAUCUCAUUGAGAGUGAGGGCAUGUCACCUAAUGAUAAAGACUCGAAUUCAUAUACUCCGAUGCACGCAGCUUCUUCAUACGCUCAUUUAGACCUUCUUUCAUACUUGUUAUCUAAAGGCGGUGAUAUAAACAUAACAGAUGAUGAUGGUGAAACACCUUUAUUCGUGGUGGAGACUAUCGACGCAGCGAGAUUUCUGGUUGAACAUGGUGUGGAUGUAGCUUGGAAGAAUGAAGAUGGGUUGAAUGCAGCCGAUCAAUUAGAGGAAGAUCAUCCUGAAAUAUCCUCAUACCUAUAUUCUUUACUUCCUUCUUCUGAACGACCUCCUUCAGCCGAUGGUCAACUACGACUGGGUCAAGGCGAAGGAGACAAUCCAAUAAACAAUAACGAAGGCGAAGGCGAGAACGAGAACGGGACGAUGGGAGAUUCAGCGAUAUCACAAUUAGCUUUAGAGAACUUCACUUCAACACAAUCUGAUGCUUUGAUGAUUGAAGCUCAGAAGAUUAUGGAACAAUGUGCGAUUACAGGUGAAGAUCCAGAUGAAAAAUUAAGACAAGUAGUUGAGAAAGCUAUUAAAGAUGGUCUAUCUUUCGCUCAAGCUUCUGGUGCAGGUGGGACUGUUUCCAAUGGUCAAGCAGAUGGAGUGAUAAAUGACGAAGGAAAUAAAAGAAUUAGAGAGGAAUAA